CGCAGGAAGAAGGCUGUUCAAGAUUGUUUUUGCUGUCGCGGUUAAGGGGCUGGUUCGGAUCUGAUCAGAGGCUGGUUUGGAUCUGGUCAGGGGCUGUUCGGUCGGUUUUGGGUGAACUUGGCGAUUAGGGUUUCUGGUUUUGGACCUGGUACUCGUUGGUUCGGGUUCUUUGAUUUAGGGUUUGUUUUCUAUUGGAGGUUGCUUGGUUUCGGGCCGUUAUUCCUUGGUUUUUUCUCUGGUUUUUUUUUCUCUCGUUUUGCAAUGGCCGAGGACGGGAGGGUUCGAAUCGAGAAGUUCAACGGUACUGAUUUUGCAUGGUGGAAAAUGCAAAUAGAGGCGUUGCUUGGUGAGUGCGAUUUGGACAUGGUACUGGAAGAGAAACCGGAUGGAAUGGAUAAGGUUGCUGAAGCAAUUUGGGACUCAAAGGACAAAAAGGCAAGAGGUAAAAUUACACUAGCUUUGAUGAGGAGUGUGGCGUUUAAUAUCAUGAAGGAAACAACUGCUCGUGGUAUGUUAACAGCUCUGUCAAAUAUGUAUGAGAAACCGUCGGCCGGUAAUAGAGUGUUCUUGAUGAGGGAAUUGUUCAUGAUGAGAAUGAACGAGGGCAGCCCAGUUGCUGAUCACAUUAAUGAGGUCAAUUCGAUCUUGUCGAGGUUGUCAUCAGUAGGCAUGAAGUUCGAUGAUGACACUCAGGCUGUGAUUCUGUUAUCUUCCUUGCCUGAUAGUUGGUCGGGAUUUGUGACAACGGUUACUGAAACUGCUGGAACAGGAAACUUGAAGUUUGAUCGGAUACGGGAUAGUGUUUUGGGUGAAGACAUNAAGAAAAACGAAAUUAGCGCAGUUGUUGGGAAUGCAUCUGAUGAUGAUAGUGAUGCAUUGAUACUCAGCAUGGAAAGCUAUGUUGACUCUUGGGUCAUGGAUUCUGGUGCUUCGUUUCACGCCAUGCACAGCGGUGAGGCGAUGGUGAAUCUCAAAAAGGGAGACUUUGGAAAGGUAAAGUUGGGUAACGGGAAAAUCCUUAAAGUGACAGGCAUGGGAGAUAUUGAUCUAAAAACUUCAUUUGGAACUACUUGGAGCUUACAAAAUGUCAGGGUGAUUCCAAGACUGAAGACAAAGUUGAUCUCAGUCGGACAAUUGGAUGAACAGGGACUAGACGUCAAGUUUGGUGGUGGAAUAUGGAAGGUGAUCAAAGGAAAUUUGGUUAUUGCUCGAGGCUUGAAAAGAGGAUCGUUAUACAUGGUACCAGUGACGUCUGAGGGAGUGACCAACCCGGUAAAGACAGUUAACAAAGUCGGGCUCACUGAAUCGGGCAAAACUAAGAAGGUUCAUUUUGCAAACGUGAAUCUUGGAGUUUUGGGGAUGACAGUUGAGUGUGUUCGGAGGUCUGAAUCAGGUCAGGGGUUUCGUGACAGUGGGAGCAUGGGACGUGUUCCGAGUACAGUUCUGAAACGUCGUUGGGUUUUGAGGACCAAGAAUCCGAACGUUAAAAUCUCUCCUGGGAAUAGUUUGCUGGAUUUGGAGAGUGGUAAUGGUCCUCGGUGUAUCUCUGGAUCCGGUGGAUUGUGCAAGCCGGUUGAGACAAAGGCUGUGGCGGUUACAGUCACGACUGGGUUGGAGCUCGGUGGAGCUUCAACUGUCCUUUCAGUUUUCCCUUUUGAUGAUGAUGGGAAAGAGCAUGGGCUGUUCUCACUGAGAAGGUUGGAGUUUGGGCCACCUGAGAGAAGUUUGUCAUGCAAAGGUAGCUCUAGUGAAAUGUCAUUUCGGGAAGAGAAAAAAAGCUUAUGGUUUACAGGAAAUAUUGCUAAAAGAAGGGAUAGCUCUGAAGUAUUGGAUGCUGGAGAUAGACAAAAGUCUAGUUUAAAUGCAGUUGCAUGCCGAACUGCUCAAGAUGAAGAGUCAGAAGAUUUGCUAAAUCAGCUUUUUCAUGAUUUUUUCUUAUCUGGGCAGGUUGAUGGAGUAUUUGAUAAGCUGAAACAUUCAGACCAAUUCAGAGUUAUAGCAGCUGGUUUCCUGCAGGGUUUGCAUGCUUUUGAGGUUAAGAGUUUUAAGCUUCUGCUUGCAGGACACUCGUUGCAAAUUAUCAUGGAGCACGGGGGAAAAGCUUGCUGCCAUGAGGUCCAACUGAGGGAGCUCCAAAGUAAAGUUAGUCAGAACCAUGGAACUGGGUCGGGCUCUCAUUUGCAUUUCGAAAUGCAGUUCUCUAGUGCUCUUUGGGAUCUUAUUCAGUUAGUUGGUGAAAGAGCUCGUAGAAGAACUGUUCUUUUGAUGGGCAGAGACAAUGCUGAAUUAUCAGAUCUGGAAGAACUAUUCCAUUGCCUUGAGAGAGAGUUUGGGUAUGUUUUUCACGAGGACAUGCCAGUUUCUGUUCAGAUCGAAAGAGCUUGUGAACUAUGGACGUGUGAUACUAUUUCGCACUGCCAUGAAUUACAGAAAUGAGCAGCACAUGGAGUUCUCAAGAAGAAGUACGCAAUGGGCUUUGGAAGAUUGCAGCUUUCAUGCUUCAACUGUAUAAGCAAAAAUAUCCCCUAUGAAAUGGAACUAUUAUUCAUACCUCGAAGGACUCUCCGAUGUAUUAUUCGAGGCAUAUUCUGGUGCAACCACAGCAAGGAUUGGACAUGGAGGACAUAAAGGUUUAUUGGAUGAGUAUUCAAGCAGGAAAGAUGCACUCCUGGACAGCCUUUAUCAGCAGCAAGUGAAGGACUUUGUUGAAGUGAACACCCAAACCCAGAUGGCCCCUCCUCUGUCUCUCGUCAUUCAUUGUGGUGGUGAAUGAGUUGAAAAUGACAAAAGCAAAAUCCAGUUUAAACGUAACAAGCAAAGUAAGACACAAGUGAUCGAGUGGGAAAGAUGUAAUGUAGACUUCAAUGCCCUUCUCAUGUGUAUUUAUCAGGACUUAGGAUUGCAACAAAGAAAGCAUCAACUUCAGG